AUGCAAAAUCUAUGUUUAUUCAAUACACGAACAGUAUCAUUAGGUAAUUUAACUGGUGCUAAUCUUGUUCGACGUUUUGCUAUUGAUAUUGAUAAACAAAUUAUUUAUCUAUUAACUUCACAUUCGAUAUAUUCAUUAACAUUAGACGAUGAUAAAUUAAAAUCUAUUUAUACAUCACCUGAUAAAACAACAACAAUUGAAGAUCUUUGUUAUCUUUCUGAAAUAAAUCAUUUAUCAUUAGGUUUAUCAAAUGGUGAUUUACUUUCAUUACAAUUCGAAGAUGAUUUAGAAGAAAAUAUUAAUACUAUUGGUACAUUAGAAGAAUGUAUACAUGAAUUAAAAUUAAGUCCGGAUCAACAAAUACUUAUUGCAGUAACAAAUACAAAAGUACUUUUACUUUCAACAAAUAAUGAUUAUGAACCUAUUGCUGAAACAUUACUCGAUACAAAUGAAUUUGGUGAACAACAAUUAGUUAAUGUUGGUUGGGGUUCGAAAACAACUCAAUUUCAUGGUUCAGUUGGAAAAAAAGCAGCUCUUGAAUCAACAGUAACAGUACCAACACAAGUACGAUCCAGUGAUGAUGAUGGUCGUAGUCAUAUUGUUUGGCGUGAUGAUGGUGAUUUAUUUUCUAUAUCAUUUAUUUCCUUAACCAAUCAAUGGCGUACAAUAAAAAUCUUCAAUAAACAAGGUCAAUUACAAUCAACAAAUGAAUCACCAUUGAAUGGUUGUAUUGAAUCAGCUAUAGCAUGGAAAAUAAGUGGUGAAUUAAUUGGUGCAGCAAUGAGAUUUAAUAAUGGACAAAAAUUAACAAUAAGUUUCUUAGAAAAAAAUGGUCUUAAACAUGGAGAAUUAGUCUUAAAUACAACAGGAUAUGUUGAACAUUUAGCAUGGAAUAAAGAUUCAACAAUUCUUGCAAUUGUUGUUCGUCAACAGAAUGAUUCUUCUCUUCAAUUAUGGUCAUCAAGUAAUUAUCAUUGGUAUUUAAAACAAUCAUUUCCAUUUCCAUCAGUAAAUAUUCAAGCAAUUCAGUGGGAUAUUGACAUUGCUAAUAAACUUCAUUUUAUUACUAAUAAUGGACAAUAUCGAUCAAUGACUUGGUCAUGGACAAGUCAAGUUAGUUAUACAAAUACUCGUUCACUUGUUUUUCUUCUUGAUGGAUGUCAUCUAUUUGUUUCGGAUUUUACUCAUUCAUCAAUUCCACCACCAAUAUCAUCCUAUGAAAUUCUUUGUCCAUUAUCUAUACUUGCUAUUGCUUCUGAUGAUGAUCAUGAUAAACUAAUUCUUAUUCUUUCUGAUCGUUCACUUGCAAUAUGUGGUAAAUCAUCAAGUCUAACUGAUUAUCGUACAAUAAUUCAUUUAUCGGAAAUAAAAUCUGCUCAUUAUGUUACAUCAUUAAUAUCUUCAUCGGACUCACCAAUUAAAAAUAUUCAUAAUGCAACACAUUUUCGUCUUAUUAAUCAACAAUUCUUUUUUAUUGAAGAAUCUCAUUUACAUAUUUAUAAUCUUGAAACUAAAACUAAAACAAGUUUACUAUUGAAUUUUCAAUGUUUAACAACUGCAAUUGAUAAUGAAGAAACUAAACAUUUAUAUUUACAAGAUGAACAUGGAAAAAUCUUUCGUGUUGAUAAUAAUGAAUUACAUGCUAGAAUGCAUUUUCCACGACCAUGUUCACAUUUUUCUGUUGUUUUAAAUGAACAAUUUGUUGGUUUAACAGAAAAUUAUCGUUUAUAUUUAAAUACCAGUGAACUUGCACACAAUUGUAAUUCAUAUUUUAUUCAUGAUAAAACAAUACUUGUUUAUUCAACAUUACAACAUCAAUUAGCUUUUCGAUCAUUGAUCAAUAAUCAACAAACUGCAGAAAUUAGCUAUCGAAGAACUGGUAAAUAA